AAACAGCCUCUGUCUAAUGUAAUACAUCGUAGAGCGAUUCACUGCCUCCACAACAUUACCAACACCAGAGCUUGGUCUGCGACUCCAGCCUGCAGAAGUUGUUUUUUUUGUUACCAACCUGAUGACAAUGGCACAGCAGAAUUCCACAGCUCAAGUAAAGCACUAUCAGUGGAUGCUUCAUGAUGGAAGUCAGUGGUUAAAUCUGAAUCAUGAUUCUGUAAUAGAAACACACUUCUGCCAGCCAGGCGCACAAGGGAUUGCCCUUUUCACACCUGAUUAUGGGCGCAUCUUUCUUGAUUUUGACAAGAUGGAGAUCCAGGGGGGCCAAAUGACACCCUAUCGUCAAAUCUCCUUGUCACAGGACGAAACAGAGGAAUAUUUGUGGUACUUCUUUGAGAACAGACACUGGCAUGAAUAUGGUUCACAGGGUUCUUCAAAGACUAAAGCUUCUGUGACAAGCCAUGACAUUGAGCAGCAGUACCAGAUUAAUCCACAAGGCUCCUGCACAUUUACUGUUGGAAACAUGGCUUAUUCUCUGAAUUUUUCAGAAAUGACACAAAGCAAUCCCCGUACGGGAAUGCAGAGGAGGGUGAGGAGACGGCCCAAGUACAAUUCUGUGAUCCAGAAAACUAACAGCUUGGCCAGUUUCAUUCAGGACCUGAGCCUCUCUUCAACAAUGCCCCCUGCUGGUGGCUUUACAUGGCAGUUCAGAGGCGAUGAAGGCGUGUGGAGAGAAUAUAAAGCCGUUAAUGACAAUGGAGUGGCUUGCUCAGUAAGCAGUGAUGAUAUUGAGCAGAGCUAUCAGCAGAAUCCUCAGGGUCAGCUGCAGUUUACUGCUGGCCGUUUCAGUUACACUCUGGAUUUUUCAGGAAUGAGUCAGUUCAACAGUACAAGUAGAACAAAAAGAGAUGUGAGGCGAAUACCUAGUGAGAACCAGCAGAAAAGCAGCUCUUUGCAAGGCAUGGCCCUUUCAUCAGCGACUCCCCCUGCUGGCAGCUAUGUCUGGCAAUUCAGAGGAGAAGAAGGGGUGUGGACAGAAUAUAAAACCAAUAAUGCCUGUGGAGUGGUUUGCUCAAUAACCAGUGAUGAUAUUGAGCAGAGCUAUCAACAGAAUCCUCAAGGACAACUACAGUUUACAGCUGGCCAAUUCAGUUACAUGCUGGAUUGUUCAGGAAUGUUUCAAGUAAACAACACAUUGGGAACAAAAAGAAAAGUCAGACGAAUACUUUGUAGAAACCAGCAGAAAAGCAUGGUCAAUACUCUUCAGAACACAUCAAAUUGUACCUGGCUGUUUCUAAAUAUAAAUGGCACCUGGGAAGAAUAUAGACAGACUCUGAAUGGUGGCAUUUGUUCCGUCUCAAGUGAGGACAUUGAGAUGAAUUACCAGCAGAAUCCUUUGGGAACCAUGAACUUCACUGCAGGAAAGUUCAGCUACAUCUUAGACUUUUCAGCUAUGACGCAGAAAAAUCUGAGAACUACUAAAACUCGACAAGUUCGGCGUCUUCAACAGUGACCACUGCACAGAAUUUGAAUUUUGGAGAAAUUAUUUUGACUUAAAAUCAAGUGUAUUAUCAUUUUUAAUUAAUUUAAACAUUGGAAAAGCCUACUUAAAAGACAUUAAGUCCUUUGAAUAUAUUAUUGUAUUUAUGUCUAUAUAGGAAGAUAGGGUUGUGUGCAAUUUUGUGAUAGUGACCAUCAAACCAAGGCAAGUGGCUGGCUCAGAACUGCAAUCCAGUGUACUUGUAACAGGGAAGUUUUGAAACCCAGGACUGGGUGCGGUUACCAGUUAGUUUUCAUGUGUAUGUAAGUUAAUAUUUUGUGUUUGCUACAUUAAGUAUAUGAACGCACCUACCCAUGUUAUGAUACCACUGCCAAAGUAAUAUUCUGUUGAUCUCAAGAUAUAAAUACAUACAUUUAUCAUUUUUA